UCUUCGGCUGCUUCUCCCUCGCCACGCUAUGAAACCCUUGGGUCCUUUGCUAAUCACAUUACUCUUAUCCGCGUGCCUCGCAUCCCCAGGCGAUGACCUAGAAGACUUCGAGGCGUGCCGCGAGGACUGCAAGGUGCUUGUGUGCUGGAACGUUGCCAAUGAGCAGAACAUCACGCUGGAGACAUACCCACAGUUGGCCUACUUCUCGCCAAUGCCUCUUCCAAACUACCUCACGUGGUUGCGCUGGGAUUGUGAGCUGAACUGCGACUACGAGUGCCAGCAGAUUAUUACGCGCGAGCGCAUCGAGCGCGGGGAGGAGGUGUUGCAAUUCCACGGAAAAUGGCCGUUUGUGCGGGUAGCAGGGAUCCAGGAGCUCUUCAGUAUGGUUUUUUCCAUCGGAAACUUUGUUCCGCACUUCUUGGGUUUCCGCAAGCUCUACCACGAGCACAGAAAUGCCGGCCGCCUGCAGAAGCGGAUGUACGCGCAAAUCAUGUUUUCUUCUGCGGUAACCAUGGGCGCCUGGAUCUGUUCCACGGUGUUCCACAUUCGCGACUUGCUUGUGACCGAGCGGGCCGAUUACUACAUGGCCGGAGCAACCGUCAUGACCGGCUUCUACACUAUCACCACGCGUUACUACAAAUACUACUUGCCCCAGAACUGGUUGAAGUUCUCGACCUUGACGUUUGCGUGUUUGUGUUUAUACAUUGGCCAUUUGGCCCGCCUAAUGAUCGACUGGAGCUACACCUACAACAUGCAGGCAAACGUGUUGUUUGGCAUCCUUCAGAACGCCGUCUGGAUACGCCACUGCUUCAAGUUGUUCAAGCACUACGACCUUUUGGAAGAGUUGGCGGGCUUGGAAGAGGUUGAAGAAACAAAGGACAUGGCUGAAGAAAAGUUGGAUAGUGUAUCAGAGGUUGGCUUGAAGGUGGAAACCCAGUCACAGCUAUUGACACCACCGUCCACGGCUCCGCCCACCGCGGCGCCUGUCGUCUCUCCGGUUUCGAUCACCGCCAAAGCAAAGCCCUUUGCUACCGCAAGAUACCACGGGUUAGUCAGAUCGCCCAAGGUGUAUACGCUCGUUCCGGUGAUGCUUAAUUCGAUGUUUAUCCUAGGAAUGUCGUUGGAGAUUUUUGACUUUCCGCCGUUCUGGGACUUGAUCGACGCCCACGCUUUGUGGCAUUUGGCCACCAUCUAUCCGUCGUGGAUGUUGUACGAUUGGUUCAUCUGGGAUGUGGAAACCAAUGUGGAGUUUGAAGUUUCCAAGAUUAAGGAGUUGUAAAACGGAUAAAAAAUAAAUAGUAUUUAAGGUUGAUUAUAAUUUUUAUUAUGAGAAUUUAAAUUAUCCACGUGGG